AUGAGCGCGAGGCGGUCGGCGGCGUCUCCCCCUCGGUGGCCGCGGCGGUGGCUGUUGUGUCUGCUGCUGCUGGGGGCGGCCCCCGGCCCGCGUCGGGGCGCCGCUUUCUACUUGCCGGGCCUGGCACCGGUCAACUUCUGCGAAGAAGAUAAAAAGAGCGACGAGUGUAAGUCUGACAUAGAGCUAUUCGUGAACAGGCUUGACUCGGUGGAAUCUGUUCUUCCUUAUGAGUAUACGGCGUUUGAUUUUUGUCAAGCAUCUGAAGGAAAACGCCCAUCUGAAAAUCUUGGUCAGGUGUUAUUUGGGGAAAGAAUUGAACCUUCACCAUAUAAGUUUACAUUUAAUAAGAAGGAGACCUGUAAGCUUGUUUGUACAAAAACAUACCAUACAGAGAAAGCUGAAGACAGACAAAAGUUAGAAUUCUUGAAAAAAAGCAUGCUACUGAAUUAUCAACAUCACUGGAUUGUGGAUAAUAUGCCUGUAACAUGGUGUUAUGAUGUCGAAGAUGGUCAGAAGUACUGUAAUCCUGGAUUUCCUAUUGGCUGUUACAUUACAGAUAAAGGCCGUGCUAAAGAUGCCUGUGUUAUUAAUUCAGAUUUCCAUGAAAGAGAUACAUUUUACAUCUUCAACCACGUUGACAUAAAAAUACACUACCAUGUUGUUGAAACUGGGUCCAUGGGAGCAAGAUUAGUGGCUGCUAAACUUGAACCAAGAAGUUUCAAACAUACCAAUGUAGAUAAACCAGACUGCAUUAAAACCCCCAUGGAUAUAAGUAACAAGGCCUCUGGGGAGAUCAAAAUUGCCUAUACUUACUCUGUUAGCUUCAAGGAAGAUAAAGAGAUCAGGUGGGCAUCUAGAUGGGACUAUAUUCUGGAAUCUAUGCCUCAUACCCACAUUCAGUGGUUUAGCAUUAUGAAUUCCCUGGUCAUUGUCCUCUUCUUGUCUGGAAUGGUUGCUAUGAUUAUGCUACGGACACUGCAUAAAGAUAUUGCCAGAUAUAAUCAGAUGGAUUCUACGGAGGAUGCCCAGGAAGAAUUUGGCUGGAAAUUAGUUCAUGGUGAUAUAUUCCGUCCUCCAAGAAAAGGGAUGCUGCUGUCAGUCUUUCUAGGAUCGGGAACACAGAUUUUAAUUAUGACAUUUGUGACUCUGUUUUUCGCUUGCCUGGGAUUUUUGUCACCUGCCAACAGAGGAGCACUGAUGACUUGUGCCGUGGUCCUAUGGGUGCUGUUAGGCACUCCUGCAGGCUAUGUCGCUGCCAGAUUCUAUAAGUCCUUUGGAGGUGAGAAGUGGAAAACAAAUGUUUUAUUGACAUCAUUUCUUUGUCCUGGGAUUGUAUUUGCUGACUUCUUUAUAAUGAAUCUGAUUCUCUGGGGAGAAGGAUCUUCAGCAGCUAUUCCUUUUGGAACACUGGUUGCCAUAUUGGCCCUUUGGUUCUGCAUAUCUGUGCCUCUAACAUUUAUUGGCGCAUACUUUGGUUUUAAGAAAAAUGCCAUUGAACACCCAGUUCGAACCAAUCAGAUUCCACGUCAGAUUCCUGAUCAGUCUUUCUACACAAAGCCAUUGCCUGGUAUUAUCAUGGGAGGAAUUUUGCCCUUUGGGUGCAUUUUUAUACAGCUUUUCUUCAUUCUGAAUAGUAUUUGGUCGCACCAGAUGUACUACAUGUUUGGCUUCCUGUUUCUGGUGUUUAUCAUUUUGGUUAUUACAUGUUCUGAAGCAACUAUACUUCUUUGCUAUUUCCACCUAUGUGCUGAGGAUUAUCAUUGGCAGUGGCGUUCGUUCCUUACUAGUGGCUUUACUGCAGUUUAUUUCUUAAUAUAUGCCAUACACUACUUCUUUUCAAAACUUCAGAUCACAGGAACAGCAAGUACAAUUCUGUACUUUGGUUAUACCAUGAUAAUGGUUUUGAUCUUUUUUCUUUUUACAGGAACAAUUGGCUUCUUUGCAUGCUUUUGGUUUGUUACGAAAAUUUACAGUGUGGUGAAAGUUGACUGA